AUGAAUUUCCUGAAACCAGAAACGGUCCUAGACCUGAAAAAUAUCCGCGAUGAGCUCGUGAAAAUGGAGGAUACAAUCAUCUUCAAGUUUAUCGAGCGGUCGCAUUUCCCAACAUGUCCCGCAGUCUACAAGCAGAAUGACCCAGAGCUCCGCAUUCCUAAUUUUGAUGGUAGUUUUCUAGAUUGGGCCUUGACAAGUGCCGAAAAGACACAGUCACAAUUGAGAAGAUUCGAGUCCCCCGAUGAAACACCUUUCUUUCCUGAUGAAAUACUGAAACCAAUUCUACCCAGCGUGAAAUAUCCUAAGAUUUUGGCAUCUUACUCGCCAGAGGUGAAUUUCAAUGGUGAGAUCAAAGACGUCUACAUCAAUCAAAUCACACAUCUCAUCUCAAAGUACGACGGUGACAGCUGGGAAAACCUUGGAUCUGUGGCUAUGAUUGACAUAGAAUGCCUUCAGAGUCUCAGCAGAAGAAUUCAUUUUGGCAAGUUCGUUGCGGAAGCCAAGUUUCAAGCUGAUCGUCCAUUGUAUUCGAAACUGAUCCGUGAGAAAGAUAUCGAGGGCAUUUACGAAAAUAUUACCAACAGUGCUGUUGAGGAGAAGAUUUUGGAAAGACUGUGCGUCAAAGCCGAAGUCUAUGGAGUUGACCCAACUGAUAAAGCAGGCUAUAGGAAAAUAACGCCCGCAUACUUGGUUAAGAUAUACAGAGAGCUCGUGAUUCCACUCACCAAGAAAGUGGAGGUGGACUACCUUCUUCGCAGACUGGAGAGCGAGUAG